AUGCAUGAAUAUCAUGGAGUCGAAGUUUUUUCGUUAAAUGAAAAUGGUGUUAUUAGUACUAAAUCAAAAACACCAGCAUCAUCAAUAUUAUCUAUAAAAAAGGAAGAAGAUAGUAAAACACGUGUAAUCAGUGUUAAAGAAGGUAACACGCCGGUAUUAACGUUUUCUUUUCAUGAUAGUGUGGAAUGUGCUCGAGUUGGCACGAAAGGAAUUAUUUUGAGUGUUCCAAAACAAUUGUCAUAUUUAAUCAAAUUUCCAAAUGAACAUGAUGUGUCUGUAUUUUCGAAACAUAUUGGACUUAUCAAAAGCGAUACAGAAGACGAAGCUUGCUUAUUUGAUGAGCGAACAGAAGAAUCGUCCGCCGUACAAUAUUUUCAAUUUUAUGGCUAUUUAUCUCAGCAACAAAAUAUGAUGCAAGAUUACAUUCGAACAUCGACCUAUCAGAGAGCAAUAUUAGAUAAUUCGAUUGAUUUCACAGAUAAGGUUGUUCUUGAUGUUGGUGCUGGUUCAGGUAUUCUUUCCUUCUUUGCGGCUCAAGGUGGAGCGAAAAAAGUUUAUGCUGUCGAAGCAAGCUCAAUGGCCCAACACGCCAAAUUAUUAGUUGAUAACAAUCAUUUAUCGAAUCGUAUUCAUGUUAUUCCAGGAAAAAUUGAAGAAAUUCAAUUGCCAGAACAAGUUGAUAUCAUUAUAUCUGAACCAAUGGGCUAUAUGUUAUUCAAUGAGCGUAUGCUUGAAACCUAUUUACACGCCAAAAAAUGGUUAAAACCUAAUGGAAAAAUGUUUCCUACAUUCGGUGACUUGUAUGUUACACCAUUUACAGAUGAAGCACUCUAUACUGAACAAGUUGCGAAAGCUAAUUUUUGGUAUCAGCAAUCUUUCUAUGGUGUUGAUUUAACAACAUUGCGUGAAGCAGCAUUAGACGAAUAUUUCAAACAGCCAAUUGUCGAUAAUUUUGAUGUUAGAGUAUGUUUAUCGAGACCAAUUAAACAUACCGUUAAUUUUUUGACAGCAAACGAAGAGGAUUUGUAUGAAAUUAAAAUUCCAUUAACAUUUCAAAUGACAACAGCUGCUGUCGUACAUGGACUUGCAUUUUGGUUUGACGUUGCAUUUGAUGGCACAAGCUCACAAGUUUGGUUAUCAACAGCACCUACACAGCCACUAACACAUUGGUAUCAAGUUCGAUGUUUGUUUAUGAAACCAUUGACGGUUAGUCAAGGUCAAGUAAUUAAAGGUCAUACUAUAUUACAUUCAAAUCGAAAACAGAGUUAUGAUGUUGAAAUAUUUCUACAAGUAGAAGGUACAACACAAUCAACAGAAAAUACUCUGGAUCUAAAAAAUCCAUAUUUCAGAUAUCCAAAUCAACCAUUACAAGUGCCACCCGGUCAGUAUCAUGAAAGUCCAACGGAACAAUAUUGGAAUGGAUUGCCUUCUGAUCAAACAUUAAAUUCAUCAAAUAUGCACCCAAAUGCUAAUCCAUAUAGUCAAAAUUGCAAUAUCAAUAAUAAUUUAAAUAUGUCGGGACAAGAUAUCGAAUACGAUGGUAUGCCAAAUACAUCCACACAAUCUUCUGGAUAUCCACAACAACAACGUUAUAUUUAUGAUCCAAACAAUAUACCUGUAACAACUGUGUCUAUUCAAGAAAGAAUGUUAUCCUAUUGCCAUAGUACUAAUACAAAUACUAAUAACAGUGCACAUAAUAUUGUGAUACUUAUCAAAAUGUUACAAUCUGAAAACAUGACAUUGUGGAAUAUUGAUCGAAAAAUUGAUAAGAUAGAUUUGGUACGUUCAAUUCCAAAUCAUCGUCCUCAACUGAAUAAAGUUUAUGGUUCAUUAUCGAAUUCAUUAUCAUCUCCGUCACCAACAGGUUACGAUUUGUAUGACUCAAAACCAAUAGGAAAACCACUUUGUUUACGUUUAAAUUAUGAUGUAUCAUUAUCACCACAACUUAUUUUAGAAAGUAAAGUGUUUCGUUCAGCUAUUCGACUUCAGCAUGGAACAACACCUCGAUCACAAAUACUAUUUGUUGGUACAUUAAUUGUUGAUGAUGAAACAAAUCGUUUAACAUUUGUUAUUGAUCGUUUACAAUUAGAUGAUACAUCAUCAAAAUCAAUAUCAAAUUUAUUAUAUAAACAACUACCAGGUGAAUUUUACAUUCCAGUUCGAUUCGAUAGAACAUUAAAUCAUGAUGUUGUAUGUUCGAUUAUGAAUGAUGGAAUUAAACUAAUUGAUGAUUAUUGUCAAUCAACAUCGAAAUUAGAAUUGCAUAAUUUUUUUCUAUUAUAUGGCCAUAUGACAUCACGUUUAACACCAUCAAUAAAUGCUGAUUUAACGUUUGAUUUAUUAGCAAUAAAAAAUGAAUUUAAAUUAAAUCCAAUUAAUUCGUUAACGAUCUUACCAACAGCUCUAUUAAAAAAUAUCAUUACCGGAUUAUACAUGAAUCAACCACAUUUUGGCUAUUGUGGUGUUGAUCGUACAUCGAAAAAUAAAAUAUUACUCAUACUUGAAAAUGAUCCACAAGCAUGUGCAUUGCCACUAGUUGGCAUUUGGGUAUCUGGCGUUAUUGAUGUUCAAAAUCCAUUUGUUUGGUCUGUCUGUAUUCGUUAUUGUAUGAAUUUAUCAUUGAAACAACGAAUACGAAGUUUUGAACAUCAACCAUUUAUUUUAUUAUUCUAUUCAUCGUUAGCACGAGGAAAAUGUGAAUAUUAUGAAGUAUCAACGCCAAAUCAGCAUAUCGAUUACCAUUUAUGGACAACAACAAAAAAAAUUAUUAUGCCCACCGCAUCAACAAAUGAUGGUACAACAAAUUUACCAUACGAUUUUGAUUUUAAACAUGUAUAUGACGGACCAAAAAUGCAUGCUUUACUUCAUGCUUGUGGUAUUAAUCGUAAAUACAAUGAACAGCAACAAAACUAUCCUGUAAGAUCACAUUCAGCCGAACUACUGGAAAAAACACCACAAGAACGAUUUCGAUCUGAUGCUUCAUUUUCGUCUGACGAGGAAGACGAGAAUCCUAAUAACGAAGAACAGGAACAUCUAAGUAUCAUGACAUAUUCACCUAGUAAUACUAAUGGAAGUUUAUACGGUGUACCUCGACAACCUCCAAAACAAACAAGUUCUCCAACUUGGUCAAAUGGUACAGCAACAUCGUCAAAUCAAAAACAUUGUCAAACAAAAACUUUGUCUAAUUCAUUAUCUUCUCCUUCCUUUUUGCCUACGCUAUCAGUUCAACAACCAUCAACUCGAAUGAGUGUUGGGUUUGAUUCACCAUUGUCGGCAAUACCAUCUACCAUAUCUGAUUCUCCCUUAGUUGUACAGUUUAAGGAAGAAAUUUUAGAAAAAAUGAAUACAUAUGACGCUCAUAUACAAUCAUUAAAUACAUUGGUAUCACAAUUAUUAGCACAAAAAUCAUCGACAACGUCAUCUUUAUCAGCGACACAAACUUCUCAAGAGAAAAAAGUUGAUGUAGGAGUUCAAAGCGAUCCACCUUCUCCUGUACUCAACACUGAAGAUAUCACUGGUCAUACUAAUACCCCAAAUAAUGACAUCGUUAUCAAUCGACAAACGGUAGAUUUAAAUAAUACAACUCCACGAAUGCUAAAUGAUAUACAACGAUCAUCAACAUACGAGCAAAGGCAACAACAUCAAGUUGAAGUUCAAUCAGUACAGAACUGUGCUAAUACUUCACCCAGUCUAUCAAGACACGAGCAACAACCGGUUGUUGACUAUUUAUCUCUACGUAAGUCCACUGAUUUUGGUCUUUGCCAACAACGAUCAAAUAAUUUAACAACACCAUUUCGUCGCUCUUUUGAUUCAAUUAAUCAGUUCUUGCCACACACAUCUAAUAACGAGCAACAAUUGAAAUUAUUAUCCCCCGUGAACAACAGCAUCAGUAAAGAACACCAUCAGAAAACAGAUAAUAAUGAUGACGAACAAUCUGAAAUAACUGAAGAAAUAAAUCCUGUGAAUAUUCUAAAACCGUUUUUCCAAUACAUGGCACAACAGCGACAAAUUAUUGAAUUAAAUAACGAUAGUACAACAACAAUGUCAAAGUCAGUAGAUACAACGUUAAUAAAAACUAUCGAAGAAGAAAGUAGUAAACAAGCAGAAAAAAUGGCUCAAUUAGCAAAUGACAUACAAAAUAGUAAUAACACAGCUGGUCUUGUUGCCACAUCACCAAGCAGACAACGACGUUUGAACAGUGGUAGUAAUAUAAAUGUAACAUCAACAACUGGUAUCAGUUUUACAGUCGAUCACCAAUCACGUUUACAAAUGCAAAUAAUCAAUCAGCAAAGUACAACAUUGUAUCAACAACAGCAGCAAUCCACACAACCAUCAACACCAACCAAUGAGAAUGAUUUAAGUUUAGAAGUUAGAUCAUUAGCAAUGAAGUAUUUAGAAGAUGAUCAAUUAGUUCAAUAUUCAAAUCAACGCCAAACACAACAACAACAAUAUCAUUACGCACCAAAUGAACAGCAACAACAACAACAACCCUUUGAUAAAGGUUUAUCAUUCGCCACACAAAAAUAUCUUGAAAAAUACGGUCUUUUACAUCAAAAUCAGUAUUUGAGUCAAUUAUCAGACAAUAGUAGUUUGAAUAAAACACCAUUAAAUGCUGAUUCAACAUCUGAUGAUGACGAUUAUGUGGAAAAAAUUAAAAAUCAUCAUAGCACGUCGAGUGUAAAUAAAACAGAACCAAAAAUAAUGCAACAAACUCCGUCCAGCUCAAAUAGAGGGAAAAUACUUGAUCUUAGUCAAAUAAGAAAAUUACCAAAACUUCUUUAA